CAGGCGAUGAUGAAAACAAAGAAUGAUACUACGCCCUGCGUCCACUUCCAUACAAACACGCAGCUUUGGUCUAAUCUACAAAACGAAAAUCCCAAUACACCCUCUCUUCUCACUCUUAAAUUCCCUGCAACCAUCCCCCUCUCCUUCCCCAUUCUUGGGGGCCUAAACCACUCUCUAACAAUUCUCUCUCUCUAACGUUCUUUCUCUCUCUCAAAUGCUUACUUUCCAUUAACGAAUCAACAAACUCAGUCUUGAAGGGUUCUGGGAACGAAGAGAGAGACGAUGGCUCCGAACGACAAUAACAGGCACUUUCAUAGGGAUAGUGGACCGCCUGCUGAAGUGGUCAUAGAUGCUCUUAAGAAGCCACAUGAGGUGGAGCAUCACCUUCCUGCCCCCAUGAUGACAGGCGGUUUGGAGUUCACCAGCCUCACUUACACUGUCAUAAAGAAGGAAAAAGUCGACGAAAAGUGGAUAUCAAGUGAAGUCGAUCUCCUCUCUGACAUCUCAGGUUAUGCUCCGAAAGGCUGUGUUACGGCGGUGAUGGGGCCGAGCGGGGCAGGGAAGUCGACGUUCUUGGAUGGUCUGGCAGGCCGCAUAGCAAGUGGUAGUUUGAGGGGCCGUGUAGCACUCGAUGGUGCCGAGAUGAACCCAAGUUUGGUGAAGAGAAUGUCUGCAUAUAUCAUGCAGGAUGAUCGCCUCUUUCCGAUGCUUACCGUGUAUGAGACUUUGAUGUUUGCGGCAGAUUUGAGGCUGGGGCCGAUACCGAGUUCAGAUAAGAAGCUGAGGGUCGAGAAGCUCAUCGAGCAGCUCGGGCUCACGGAUUCUCGCAACACGUACAUCGGCGACGAAGGCACCCGUGGUAUAUCUGGCGGUGAGCGACGGCGUGUCUCAAUCGGUAUUGACAUCAUCCAUGGCCCAUCCCUCCUCUUCCUCGAUGAGCCCACCUCCGGGCUCGACUCCACCAAUGCCUAUGGUGUCAUCGAAAAGGUCCAUCACAUUGCGCGCUCUGGAAGCACUGUAAUCCUAACCAUACACCAACCUUCCUCUCGAAUCCAACUCUUCCUUGACCACUUGAUCGUCCUCGCUCAAGGCCAGCUUAUCUAUCAGGGAUCCCCCAAAGACGUGGCCCACCACCUCGGUCGCAUGGGAAGGAGGGUCCCACCUGGCGAGAGCGCCACAGAGUAUUUAAUUGAUGUGAUCCAGGACUACAAUCGUUCUGAGCUUGGUGUAGGACCAAUUGCUGACUUUCGUCGUACUGGAGUGAGGCCACCGUUGCUUCCCGGGGCAACAGCUUUGCCAUCACCAUCGCCGAUGCCAGCGCGGGGCCCGCGAAACGCUUAUGAUCAUAGUGUGAGGCCCAAGUCACCAUGGAGCGGGACACAGAGCGGGGUGAUGGAGGCGCUUGGGUUGACGCGGCCCUCAGAUUGGAAGAGCAGGAAUCGGGCAAGCUUAUCUCCAAGCUACUACUACUCCAAGGCGAUCCUCUCAGGAACACCAACCCCUCGUAGCAGUGACUACACAGUAAAGGAAGCUGACUAUCUAACUCAAUAUACACCCCAAAACCCCUUCUUUGCCAGCCAUCUUGCACCAAAUUUCGCAAACCCCUUCCUCUCAGAGACUUGGGUCUUGAUGCGCCGCAACUUUGUUAACAUUCGCCGCACCCCGGAGCUCUUCCUCUCAAGACAAAUGGUCCUCACAGUCAUGGGCCUCAUGAUGGCCACCAUGUUCAUGAAACCUAAGGAUGACACCCAAGGAAUAACUGCACGCCUUAGUUUCUUCAUUUUCACUGUAUGCCUCUUCUUCUUCUCCUCUAAUGAUGCAGUCCCAGCAUUUAUCCAAGAACGCUUCAUCUUUGUUCGAGAAACCUCUCAUAAUGCCUAUCGUGCUUCGUCGUACGUGAUAUCGGGGCUCAUUACCUAUCUUCCCUUCCUGGCUCUACAGGCUGCUACUUACAGUGGCAUUGUCUGGUUUGCUUUGAGCUUAAGGGGAGAGUUCUUAUAUUUUCUCCUUGUCCUCUAUGUUUCUUUGAUAUCAACCAAUUCAUUUGUCAUGUUCGUGAGCUCGGUGGUGCCAAAUUAUAUAUUGGGAUAUGCAUCUGUGAUCGCUUUCACCGCAUUGUUCUUCCUGUUUUGCGGCUACUUCUUGAAUCAUGAUGCCAUACCAAGGGGGUGGCGUUGGAUGAAUGUGAUAUCCACCAUGAAAUAUCCUUAUGAAGGGCUACUGAUAAAUGAGUAUGCGACUACUGAUUGUUUUGCUAAAAUGGGGGAAAUUUGCAUUAUUAAAGGGACAAAUAUUUUAGAUGGGCUGGCCAUUACCACAGAAGAGAAGCAAAAAUGGUAUAGGGUGUUGUAUUUGAUUGGGUGGGCUAUAUUCUACAGGAUUCUAUUUUAUAUUGUUCUUAGGUUUGCUUCCAAAAACCAGAGGACAUGAAGGUGUAACUGUUGCAAGGGGAAGGUGGUACCUGUAAUAAGUUGGGUUUGGCUAAGGAGGGUAAUGAGGAGGCUUUUUCUUUUCUUUUCUCCCGUUUUUUUUGGUACAUUAUAUUUUGUGGCCAAUGGCUAUAACUCUCAAUGUUAUAAUUAUCAUUGUUUUUUUAUCUGAA